AUGGGAUGCUGUCAACGAUUGAGUCGAUGCUACAUUCUCGUCACCAAUACCCUGUUUGCCAUCUUUGGUGCUGCUCUCAUUGCCUUUGGCGUGAUGGGUGCACAACAUCGUAUUGAAUCUUCUAUCUUGAUUCCAGUGAAUAUCCUAAAAAUGGUCAACAUUUUAGGCAUCAUGAUAUGCUUUACAGCCGUCAUUGGCAUUAUUGGUGGAUUCUUUCCUGAACGUCAAGCAAUCCAUAUUCUCUAUACAGUGGUCGUCUUAAUUACAUUGGUUUAUCAAAUCGUCGUAGCAGUGAUUGUGUAUGAUCAAGCAGCACAUACACGAUCCUGGUUACAUCAUGCAUGGGCAGAGGCAACCCAAGAAUACCGAUACUAUGCACAAGAAAAGUUUUCAUGCUGUGGUUUCUCUCAUCCACGCGACCAUCCGGUGGCAACAGAUACGUGUCAACCCGACGAUAUAGUCAACUCAGCACCAGCGUGUUUCCACCCAAUGACUUAUUUUGUCAAGCACAAUUUGAAAAUCAUGUACAUUGUGUUGUUUGCAGCAUUGAGCAUUCAAACGUUGGCUUUGUGUAAUGCUAUCACCAUGUUGUGUGCUCGUUUUUCGGGAUCAGCCGACGACGACGAUAAUAACAACGAUGAAAGUGGUCUUGUCGCACAAGGUGGUAGAAAGGGGCGCUGGCAGUCCUCCUCCUCUUGUGGUAAACCAACAUCGGCACCGCCACCGAACGAGUCAAUUCCAUUGGAAUCAUUACCCUAUGGACCACAACAACAACAACGCAAGCAGAGCAAAACACAAGAAUACAUAAUGAUCGAUUCGGCCAUCUCUGGCAAGGAUGCUGAAGACGAUACACCACCACCCUCCUAUCAUCGGCAGUAUUGA